AUGGCAUAUGCUUUUAAAAAAAACAUUUAUUUAUUUAUUUUUAUUUGCGAAGUUCUAAAGAAAGAAGAAGAGGAAAGGAAAGCAAGAGAAGGCAGUACACGUAAAGUCAUCAACACUGAUAAAGUUGGAGGUCCAGAUUUGAAAAGUUUCAUUCGGCAAUUUGGUGUUCCUUCUGAAGGUGAUGAAAAUCAGGAAGAAUCUGUUUCGAUGGAAGGAGUGAGGAACUCCCAAGAGAAAGAAGCUAAAAAAGCAAAACAAGAUCUUGAGUCUACAGAGCCAACAGGAUCUGGUCAAACAUUCAGGCCAGGAACAUGGCAGCCACCAACAUGAAGUCACCCCUUGUGUCUAAGCAUAAAACACUGAUGUGUUCUGCCAAUGCCGACGGCCAUGGCCCAUAGCUGAGUUGUGAGUGAAGCUGUAAGGUUUUAGGGAGAGCUUUUUUGGCGGCACCAUGUCAAUACAUUUAUACUUUGUUUUCCCUUUCAGGCCAGAAAAAUGAAAAACCCAGACACGAUACAUCCUUGACCACGCAUUGAUUGGGUUUUGUUGCCCCUUCAACUUUCAAAAGUGUAUACAAAGUUGUACGCCAAAUUUAUUAUAUUGAUGUACAUGAAGUUCCUUAUCUUUUUCUA